UUCCGGUCUUAAAGCUCGUGGGUGGGUUAGUGCUAGCGUGCUAGCUUUAGCCUGAGACGGACCGGUGUGCGAGCGGGGAGUUAGCUAACAGUGAAGUGGUGAGUUAGGCAAAGAUGGCAGAUUCGGUGAAGCUGUCCAAGAAUCUUCUGCGGAUGAAGGUAGAACUGGAACUCUGAGCUGCCGGGCAGCUAGCAGCUAACAGCUAGCAGCUAGCAGCUAACAGCUAGCAGCUAACAGCUAGCUGCUAGCGUGUUUCCUGCUCUCUCCUGUCAACAAUAACAAGGCGACGCGGAGUUGUGCAGCUGGAUGUCUGUUCAGCAGCAGCAGCAGUGUUUACAGCUCCGUGAGAGAACACGUGUGUGUGUGUGUGUGUGUGUGUGUGUGUGUGUGGUCGUCCACAGUUCAUGCAGAGGUGUCUGGAUGCGGACACCAAGAAGCUGCUGGAGGAGGAGGAGAGGAGGAUCAUCAGCGACGAGCACUGGUACCUGGACCUGCCGGAGCUCAAGGCCAGGGAGAACGUGGUGGUGGAGGAGCAGAGCUUCGUUCCCUGUGAGGAGCUGCGGUUCGGCCGGAUGUCCUUCAGAGGAUUCAACCCCGAGGUGGAGAAGCUGAUGGUCCUGCUGAAUCCCAGAGCGGAGGGUGAGGAGGAGGAGGAUGAGGAGCAGAGGAGGAAGAUGCAGGCGGACGUCACCGAUGAAGAGAUGGCUCAGAGGUACCAGGCUCUGGUCGGCAGCAUGAAGAAGAAGUUUGCAAAGAAGCGCGAGCGAGCGGCGAUGGACGAGGACAACGGCGUCGCCAUGGAGACCGGGACAAAGAGGACUUUCAUGAAGCCUCAGGACUGAUGGGCCCGGGUCUGACCCCGAGGACUGAUGGGACCAGGUCUGAGGACCCGGGUCUGUUUUUAGAGCCGAGACAGUUUUUCAUCGAUCGGCUGGAAGCUGCUGCUGAGCGUCUGUGGACUGAUGGACUGGUGGACCAGCUGGACCGGUCCGGGUCCGGGUCACUGUAAUGUUCUACCCUGGUGGAGCAGCAGGACUGCUCUGGGUCCGGGUCUGGGUCUGGCCCCGGAUCCAGGUCUGGUGUCCAAACAGUAAAAGUUUUUUUUUAUCUUCCA